GAAAUUAAUUAACUAAUUGUGAAAGAAACACCAAUUCAGCAUCAAAUGUAACGCCCAAGCCCCCAACGAACCAGAAAUAAACUAAAACCGGAAUCACUUCUCCAAUCUACCAUGGCAUUGCAUCUACAGCACCCAUUUAUCCACCCACAUCACACGACCAUACCUAUCUCACGUGCCAGCAAAACAUGCAUCAACCUCCACCUUCCAUCACCGCCAUCACCACUCUCCCCAAUUCCCCGGCCACCCAUGUGGCCAAUUACACGGCCACGCCCCACCGCGAGGAGCUGCACUGGUCUAUCAUCAUUUCUUGAUGUCAAAGGCGGAGAAGGAAUGAGUGGGUUUGUUGAGAUAGAGGUAAAAGUGCGGGAUUAUGAGCUUGAUCAGUAUGGAGUUGUUAACAAUGCUGUUUAUGCCAGUUAUUGUCAGCAUGGUCGUCAUGAACUUUUGGAGAGGAUUGGCAUCAGUGCUGAUGCUGUUGCUCGCACAGGUGAUGCAUUGGCGUUGUCGGAGUUGUCACUCAAAUUCCUUGCUCCUCUAAGAAGCGGAGACAAAUUUGUUGUGAAGGUGAGGAUCUCUGGCUCCUCUGCUGCCCGGUUAUACUUUGAUCACUUUAUCUUCAAGCUGCCAAAUGAAGAGCCUGUCUUGGAAGCAAAAGCAACAGCAGUUUGGCUAAACAAGAACUAUCAUCCUGUUCGUAUUCCAUCUGAUAUCAGAUCUAGAUUGGUCCAAUUUCUCAGACAUGAAUCUAAUUAGCUUUGCCGUGAAUAUCAGAAAAUUUUGUGGCUUAACCAUGGUCAUCUCUUAUUUGCAAAAAAAGAGGUUAAAUGUUAAAAAAGAUUUACUUUACCUUUGCAAUUAGGAAAUUUCCAAUUGAAAAUUGAAUUGUAAAAAAUAUAGAAUUAUCAUGUGAAGCAUAAUGCUAAUAUGCUGGCUGGUUCUGAUGAGGAGGCCACUGAGUAAUAUUUACCACAAGGAAACUUAGAGUCUUUUACAUA